AUGUCAGCUUCAGAGCUCGACACUCUGCAUCCGAAGCCAAUACAAACGCAGCAGCCUGUUCUGCAUAUUGUAGUUGGCUCAACCAAUGCUGCAAAGCUACGAGCUGCUCGAACCGCUUGUUCACAGAUAUUUUCUACCCAUUCAGUUAUUGUCGAGGGUUUAUCUGUGCCCAGCGGAGUUGCUGCCCAACCCCUAUCAGACAAUGAAACUAUACGAGGAGCUGAAAACAGAGCAAAGGCUUCGUUAUGCGCUAGGCCUCAAUCGGACUACGCUUUAGGGAUUGAAGGAGGAAUCCACCAGAUCGGUGAUCGAUGGUUUGAGUCUGGAUGGAUAGCUGUCCUGAGUAACAAAGGGGAAAUGGGUUUAGCAUCAAGUGGUCGUUUUGAACUUUCUAAAAAGAUCAUGUCAAAGAUUCUUACUGGUCAAGAGCUUGCAGAGGUCAUAGAUGAACUCUCAGGCUUAAAAGAUGUGCGAUCGAAUUCUGGUGCCAUGGGACUCAUUAGUAACGGACUAAUUCAAAGAGAUGACAUGUAUGUAUCUGGAGUUAUUUUUGCAUUUGGACCAUUUGUAUCUGAGCCCUAUCUAUGGGAUAAAUAAACCAGGCCAAUGCGUUGCAAAAUGUU